GCCCGCCCCGCCGCUGGCCGCCCCGCUGCUGCGCACCCUGCUCGCCCGCCUCCUGCCGCUGGCCCGCAAGCGCCUCCUGCCGCCGCUCCGCCGCCUGGGGCGCCGGCUGCGCUCCCGGGAGAGCCGCCAGGCCCUGCUCACCUGCCUGCUCUGCCUCCUCAACCUGCGCAAGAAGGUGGACGACUGAAGCCGGCCGGGGAAAGGCAGGGCAGGGCAGGGCAGGGCGCGGCGGCUCUCCCCCGCCUCCCCUGCCCGCCGCGGGAGGAGGGACCCGGGCAGGGGAGGGGACGCGCCCCGGCGGGGGCGGAGGGUCCGCCCGCCCGCAGGCAGCCGAGGCCGGACGGCCGCCCGCGCCUCGCCGCUCCGGCCAUGGGAGCUGGGCCGCCCCCCGCGCCGCUGCCCCCCGCCGCGGGGCCGCCCCGCUGAGUGCCCCCGCGGGAAGGGGCGGCCCCGCCGCCGCCCGCCCCGGGGAAGGAGCCGGCGCCGCCCGGGCGGUCUCCAUCACCGGCGCUCCCGGGCAGCGGGGGCCCCGCGCUGCUGCUUCGCCCCACGGUGCCCGGGCCGGGUCCCCCGGCUGCCCCCCUGCCCUCCGGCGGCGGCGGGGAGGGCGAGGAUGUCCGGCAGCAUGGCGAGGAAGGUGCAGCCCUUCACCAUCAGCACCAAGCUCUCGCUGCCCAAGUGUGCCGCCGACUUCCCCGGGGACGCCUGCCCCGGCAUCGCCCUCGCCUCCGCUCUGGAUAACCACCGCGGCCUCCGCCGCAGCCUCAACGAGCGCAUCUCCCUCUACCUGGCCCAAGCCCGGGCCAGCCCCGCCGCCCCCGAGGGCCAGCCCCGCAGCCCCAGCCCCGGCGAGGAUGGGGGAACCGACGAGGAGCGGCUGAACCGCAACUCCCUCGCCCGCUCCAUUAAGAAGAUCACGCUGUCCAACUGGCAUGGGGAGGCUGGCGCGGGGGAUACAGGGGGACCCGGGGACCCUGUUCGGACCGGCGGCGAGAGGAACCAUAACAACAACAACAGCAGGCCAGGGAGAGCUCAGUUCAAGGUCUUCCUCAGGAAGGACGUGGAUGCGGAGGACGAGCAGCAGGAGGCUGGGAGCCUCCGGGCUGGUGGUUUCUGCUCUCCGGUGGACAGAGGUUCCCCCUUCUACGCGCUGGCAUCACCCCUGGUGUCGUCACCCCGAAAAGAGAGUCCCAAGGGCAAGGAGCCUGCCGCAGCACCAAGAUGUGGUGGGCGAAGCAGUGCAGUAGCAGCCCCCCUCCUCGACCCGAGCCCUCUGGUAGCCCAGUUUAACCGGGAGAUGCUGCAGGCGGAGGGCUGGGUGCGAGGCAAGCUGUGGGACCUGAAGGACGGCUGCGACCUCCAGGACUGGGAGGAGGUGGCUCAGACGCUGCAGCGGGACAUGAAGGAUUUUGAGAACACGCUGAUAAAGCUCAACCAGAUGGGCGAGCAGCUGAUGUGGCGGGCGAGCCCCAGCGCUGAGGGGGUGCGGAGGCAGCUGCUGGCCCUGCGGGACCAGUGGCAGCUCCUGAAGCAGACGGCUGCCAGCCAGAGCAAAGCCCUGGGGGGGCUGCGGAGCCUGCAGGACUUCAACAGGAAAGCUGAGCGGCUGGAAGCAUGGAUCAGGCACAAGGAGGAGAAGCCCUCCCUGGCAGCCCUCCUGCAGGAAAGCCCAGACAAGAUCCAGCUCACCCGCCGCAUCCUUGACUUGAAGCAGGAGGAGCAGCAGUUCCAGAGUCUGCACGAGGAGCUGAAUAGCCUGGCCCAGAAGCUGGAGAAACAAGGCAAAAGUGAGAGCAGGAGCAUCUCAGCCCGGCGCAAGCACCUCAACAAAAUGUGGCUGCGGCUGCAGGGGACCCUGAAGGAGCACCAUGAGGUUCUGCAGCUGGCCCUGGAGGUGGCCGCCUUCCUCCAGCAAGCAGAUACCCUGCUUGGAGCCAUCCAUGCCAAGCAGAGGAGCGUCUGUGGUGUGGGGAAGCCAGGGGAGGGUGAGCCAUGCCGGGAUCGGGAUGUCAGGGACAUGGCCAGCCAGGUGAUGAUGCUGGAUGUGACCGUGUCCCAGCUCCUCAGCCUGCAGCCCAGCCUGGCAGCCCGAGUCACCCCCAAGCACCGAGAUGUCAAGGAGAGCUGGGCACAGCUCCAGCAGGCGCUGAGGACGGAGAAGGCUCCAACGUUGGUGAGCAGUUCUCCAAGGGGCGAAGCUGUGGCUCCAAGCAUGGAGUCCCGAGGAGAUGAUAGCAGCCAUGGGGCAGUGGGGAAGGAAGCAGGAGACAAACGGACAAGAGGCCCUGGGAGCACGGUGCCGAAGGACAUGCCGGGGAAGAUGGCAGAGCGAGGGAGAGGGGAGGAGAGCAGCCCUGGCUCUCCAGCAACGGGGCAGCCCCCUCACGGAGGGGACAGCAAAAGGAGGAGGAGAGAGGCAGAGGCUGAGUGGGGGACACAGCAGCCGGAGGCCCAGGUGCAGGACAUCUGCCAGGUGGUGAAUGUGACCGUGUCCCCGCACAAGGAGAACACGGGUCCCGGGACCCCGCCAUGUCCAGUGGGGGAUGUGGAAAGCCUGGAGGCAACACGUAUGCAGCGGGAGCUCCUGAACCCCAGCCACAGCCCUGGGUCUGCGCUGCAGGAGGGGCUGGUGGCUGGGGGGGCUCUGGAAAGCCCGCCGGUGGAGGCCAUGCUUCGGGAGCUGGGGGAGCUGUGGGAGGACCUGCAGAGGAAGCACCAGGAGAAUGGCGCUGUGCUGCGGGAAAUUGAUAAGGCACUGAGGCUGGUGGGGGAGCUGGACCGAGCCGAGCGGUGGCUGCAAGCCGUGGCCGGGUUGCUCUCAGAGCCAGCCACCAUGAGAAGCCCAGUGGAGCUGCGUCGGGACCUGGAGGAGAUGAGCCAGCUGGAGAAGCAGCUCCUGCUGUGUGGCCUCAAGCUCCAGGCGCUGCGGGAGGAGGCGGCAGGCGAGUCGCCCACUGAGCACGAGGGAGCGAGGAAGAUGCAGAGGAAGGUGGAGAUGGUGGAGGAAAAGUUGGCACGUGUGCAGGCAGCCCUGCGGCGCCGGGCAGCAGACCUGCGCGACUCCCUGGUGCUGUCUGAGUUCCUGCAGGACCUGCAAGAGGAGGAGGCACGGAGCCAGCAGGCACCUGCAGUGCCAGGGAGCGGGCGUUGCAGCUCACGGGGGUCUUUUCCCCUGCUCUCGGCCGAGGCUGGACAGCCACCGAGCAGCGAGGACAUAAGCUGCCCCUUAGGAGAGCUGCAGGAGGCUGUGGAGAUGCUGAACGACGCAGCAAAGGAGCGGGAGCGGGUCAUGGAAGUGGUGGCAGAGACAGAGAGCCUGGAGCGACUGGUGGCAGAGGUGUCCCCACACCUGGAGGCCCUUCGAUGCAGAGCCGAGGCACUGGCUCGUGACACUGCCCAAGCAGAGAGUGGCUUCACUGCGGUGAAGAGUGAGAAGGACCUCCAGGGGCUGCAGGGCUUGCUGAGCCGGCAGCAGGAGAUGGAGCGUGUGGUGUCGGAGACGCUGCAGGGGCAGCUGGAGGAGCUGGAGAGAGCAGCUGCCCACUUGCAAGAGCUCUGCCCUGCUCGGCUGUGCCCUGUAAGCCGGGAGGUGCAGGGGACGCUGCAGGCCUGGGCAGGGCUGCGGGAGCUGCUGCGGGAGACCCGGGCCCGUGUGCAGCAGGCUGGCCGGCUGCGGCACUUCUUCAAGGAUUACUUAGCCAUGAUCUCCUGGACAGAGGACACGCGGGCUCAGAUCUUCUCUGAAAGCCCAAGCAGCCACGGCCUCCCAGAGACUCCAUGUGAGGAGCUGGAGAGGAGGAUCGAAGGGAAGCUUAAGGAGUUUGAGGCACUGGCAGCGGUGGGGCAGCAGCUGGUGUCUGAGGAGCACUACCUGAGUGCGACGAUAAAGGAACGCUUGGAGGAGCUGCAGAGCAUGCUGGGCUGGGUGCUGGUGCGCUGGCGAGCACAGAGGCACCAGCGGGACCCAGGGAGCAAGCAGGAGGACAGAAAGGACUCGGAGAGCCCCUUGGGCACGUCCCCCACCAGCCAAGAGCAGUGUGCCCCAUGUGCUGAGCCCUGUCUGGAGAGCAUUCGCAGCCCGGCAAGGUUCACGCCCUGCUCCCUGCCCGAGCAAGGAUCAGAGCCGCGGGUGCCAGUGGGAAUGGCCGACUCCCCACUGUCAUCGCCGCUCUUGGAUGCCCCAUCGGGAGUGGAGAGGAGCUGGGGGGACCCCAGCAGCUCGACACCCCACAGCACGGGACCCCCCAAGGAGGCUGUCAUCUGGGAUCCUGCUGAGACCUCCACAGUGCUGCUGCCACCGCGGGGCCCCGGUGGGCUGGGGGGGACGGUCAACCUCAUUCUCAGCAUUGGCAAGAAGGGCGAGAAGAAGAAGGCGCAGAUGGUGGCCGGUGGUGAACAGCCAGGGGAGGAGGUGCUGCGGAUGCUCCCUGCCACUAAACCCUCAGGCUGUAAAACCUUUUGGAAGCGUUGCCAGGGGCUUUUAGGAAACACUUGGGGUAGUUUAAAGCGAAAGAGAAAGCCGCCUCGCCAGCCAGUUGAAGAGGCACAGGUGGAGGCUGGGAAAACCUCCAGUGUGAAGCGGCUGCCCACCAUCACCCACCGCCCUCUGGCAUCCAGCGGCGGGACGCCGGCCGCCUCCCACACCCUGCCCAAGACCGGGGCCGGCUCCCUCUUCAACAGCCUGCAGCGGCGGGAGCGGGCACGGGCCGAGCAGGCACGGCUGCUGACACUGCAGGGCAUCAUGGGUGCAAACUCCCUGCAGCCUGCACCCGAGGAGCGCCAUGGCCCCAGCAACACAUGGCCUCAGAAGUGCGGCCGGAGGAAGGAGGGGCCGGGGGUGGCCGCUGCUGGACCCCCACUUGGGGAGCUGCUGCUCUAUGUCAGGAACCCACUGGUGCGGGACAUCGAUGCUGAGUGUGGGGUGACCCCACGGGACCCCUGCCUCCCUGACCCAAAAGCCACAUGCCCCCACCUGUCCCUGGGCUCCGUGUUCAGCCUGGAGCUGCCGCGGGACACGGUGGUCCUUGGGUGUCGCCAAGGGGCCAUAGCAUGGCGGGAGGAGGUGGAGGGGCAGGAGCAGAAGCAGGGCGGGGGGGUGAAGCCAUGGGAGCCUACAGGCACGCAUGGAGCUGGAGGGCAGGAGGAGGAAGAUGCAGAUGGGCUGAGUCCCCAGGGGCCUGGUGAGGGGCUGGGGAUGUCCCCCAAGAGCGAGCGAGGAAUGUGGCUCAAGGAGGUGAGCUUCAACCCCAGCUACAGCUGCCAAAGGGCACACCGCACCGCGGAGGAACGCUGGAGCCCGCGGCACCCGGGCAGCGCCAGCGAAGACCUCCUGGACUUCAGGCCGAGCCGGCCGUCCCGCGUCAACGUGCUGCACGAGCAGGUCGGCCGGGAGGGGGAUGAGCUGGCCGCCCGGCUGGGACAGGAUGGCAGCCCCGGCACCACCGGCAGGGCCAGGCAUCGUGAAGCUGCCUGGCUGGAGCUCGGACCGUCCCCUGCUGCCAUCCCAGGCAGGGCAGGAGCCGUCCCUGGCACUGCCCGCACGCAGCGGCCAUCUGGCAGCAGCCAGCCCAGAGGGUCCUCAGCUUCCCCCACUGCCCCCACCCAGCUCUCUGUCUUCGAGUGGGCGCUGGGGUCCCCCCAGCCCCCCAGCCCUGUGUCAGGCAGCGGGGAGGUUUGCCACCCUGCCCAUGGGCAGUUUGAGGAAGAGGAGGAGGAGCUGCAGGCCAUCUGGGAUGGGGUGGGCGAGCAGCGGGCACCCAGCCCACCAGCAGGCAGCCGUGUCCACCAUGGUCCAGGGAGCGGGGCGGACAGCCGACCCAGCCCCGACACCACCGCCAGCGGGCCCCUCAUCCUCUCGGCGGCCAACAAUGUUCUGGUGGCCAAGUUCACCCUUCCCACCGCCGCCCAGCUCCUCCACAGCCCGGUGGGAGAGAAGAGCCCUGCUGUGGGGCACAGUGGUGGUGGUAGCCCCAGCGGGUAUGGGGCGUCCCCCCGCAUGGAGGAGCCAGUGUCCGCAGCCCCCUUGGACAGCCCUGGUGCCUGGGAUCGGCGGAGGCAUGGGGAAGACGAGAGAGAGGGCAGCAAGGGCCCCCCCAGUAAAACCGAGUUUCAGAUGAUGGAGGGGACACUGGAAAGGAAGCACGUGUUGCAGACAGGAGGGAGGAAGGCCAACUGCCGUGCCUGGGGCCUCUUCCAUGCCGUGCUGAUGAGGCAGACGCUGUGCUUCUACCAGGACCGCAGGGACAGCCUUAAGAGCUCCGUGGUGGCCCUUCCCCUGAACCUCUCCGGGGCGGUCUGCACCCCGGAUGCUGAGUACACCAAGAAGACCAACUGCUUCAGGCUACAGCUACGGGAUGGCUCUGAGUAUCUCCUGAGGGCCCCCUCCCAGCCCCUCAUGAAUGAAUGGGUCUCCAAGCUGCAGCAAAACUCAGGUUUCCCCGAAGUGGAUUACUUCCGGGCGGCAGCACAGCGUGUUGAGGGCACCGGCAGUGCUGGGGGUUCCAGCAAGGUCCCCAGCCCUGGAAGCUCCCACCUCCAGGGACAUCAUCAGGUCGUGACUGCCAAGAGCCAGGAGAUCGUGGUGCUACCCCGCUCAAACGCCCAGCUGCAGCGGCCUCUGGGCAGCCAGGAUGGCCCAGCCGAUGGGGCUGUGGCAGCAGCAGAGGUUGCUCAUGGAGCCAGGCACAGGGAGCAGCAGUGGUCACCCAGGGGGUCCCCCGGGCUGUGGGACAACAGCUGCCAAGAAGAUGACUACGGCCUAGUUGCCAACAAGAGGAGGUCCUACUCCUUCACCUCAGCCACCUACCAGAAGAUCACUCCCGUGGCCAUGCCCAAGGAGCCGGUGGAGGCCGGGAGCAGCUACUCAGUCACGCUGUACAUUGGGGAGCAAGCACCUGCUGUGCCGAGGGCACGAUGCCACUCCUUUGUGGCCCGGCCAGGGAGCCCACGGGACACACUGGGGGAGAAGACCCCUGGUCCCCCUCGCCCCAAGAACAAAUCCGUCUUCAAGAAGUUCUUUGGGAAGAAGGAGUGAGACUCAGCUGAGGGGGGGAGAAAAACCCCAGCCUGUCCUUUAUCUUCCUCUUGGGUGCCAUCCGGGCCUGGUCUCCGCUCCCAGCACCAGCUCACCGCUUGCCACCUCCCUGGGGGAGAGAGGCUGCGGCAAGCGGCUCCACUCCAGCCGGCCCCGGGGCUGCACUGCGCCCCAGCCGCCACUGUCCGCGGCCUCAGCCUGGCGCUGAGCACCCCUGUGCCCACCCACUGGGUGCUCUCUUUGGGUGCCGCCAGCUCCCCAGGCGUCUGUCUCGCUGACACGCAGCACAAGCAGGGGUGCGGGGGUGGUUGUUUUUAUUAAAAAACAAACAGGCA